AUGAAGAAAAUAGGAGUGAUCAACAACCUCUCAACAGUCUCCGCAGUGUUUAACCAAUACAAUACGGAAUUCUUCUAUGAUAACCCAUACCCUCCAGAGUUCGUUGCUUCUAUCCCAAAACAUGAAGAGAUCACAGAGGAGAAGGAAAAGUCAUUUGAUGUUGUGUCGCUCUAUCACAAGAUCACUGGUACUAAUGAGAACUUCUUUACUUACCAAUUUUCAUUCAACCCGGAGCUGGAACAAUACAUCCAAAUGCGAGAAAUAUUGGCAAAUUACUUCAAGGGAGAAAUGUUCUAUAUCCACAAAGACUUCAUCUUCUUCAAUCACCAAAUCGACGAAGAAAUCGAGGUGGACUUCGGAGAUAUCCCAAUCACCGUGACUUUCACACAAACAGAAGCCUCGUUAGACCAGUUCAGAGCGACAGACAUCAUCAGAUCGUCGUUAUACAAAACACAGGAUUACACAUACCAGAAAAGACACAUCUGUUGUAUGGAGACAAUCAAACACGACGACAAUGAAGUACACCAGACGUUCGACGUCUGUGUCAAUUCGGUGAAUAAGAAUUUGUACGUCCACUUCCCGGUGACAGACAGAGAGAUCGACCCGACAAACUACUGGGAUAAAAGCAAAACUAUGACGAGCUUAGAAAUUGAAGCAGGAUUUAGGCCGGGGUGGUAUUACAACAGAAUUUCUAAAGGGUUGGAGUGGAUCGACGACAUUUUGUUGACUCGAACCGCCGAAACGCAAAAGUUCUUUUGGAAAGAUAAAGAAGUCACUGUAGAAGAAUAUUACUUGUCAAGGUAUGAAGGAGCUGUUCACUUUGAAAAGGGGCAGUUCCUUUUUGUUCAAAAACAGCGAAAAUAUGGGAGAGUAGAAUUGAGUUACUACGUCCCAGAGUUGAUGCAUGAGGUGAGAAGAGUGAAACAAAUCCACCCUCUUCAAGAAACAUUGUUGGUCAUUUCUAAAGCACUUGAGACACUCAAUGUGUCACCCAUAGCAGAGGCUUGGGGUGUUCGUGUUGAUUCGGAAUUAAUGAAAUGCACAGCACAAAUGUGCAACGUCCCUCUUUUAGUUACCAAUUUGAAUGAAUUUUCAGCAGACGAGCAGUGGAGGUUUCCUAAUAGUUUUGUUCAAAUGGUUCCUCUCAGGAAUUGGAUCUUUUAUACCAAAGCAGAAAAUUCCAUGAAAGUGAAACGCGUAGCAAAUUUGUUGUAUAAAAUGGUGAGGAGUUUUGGUGUUGAGUGCGAAGAGCCUAAAAUUGUUAUUCAAUCGUCUCGGGAUACGUCUGAAAAAAGAACUUUUGAGAACAUUAAAGCAACACACCCACAGAUCGUUUUAACGUCGCUGGACAGCCACGAACACGUCAGAACAUUUAAAGACUAUUUCACUUUCUUCACAGAUAUCCCAACACAAGUUAUCGACGUUUGCAAAAGCACAACUGAUGUUAUCAGUCGAGUUGCUACCCAUGUGUGUAUGAAGGUUGGGAAUGUUCGGUAUUACUUAAAAGACAAUGAAGAGAAGACAUGCAUCAUUGGAAUCGAGUCUAAAGAGUUGAUGAGCAACAAAACCCUCGUGACUGUUUCAUUAUCAACAGAAGAAACACUCACACAAUACAAAACACACUUUACUCUUGUCGACGGGCACAAGUGGUAUAUGGGUUGUGGAUUCGAAGGUCUCGAGAACGAUUUGAAAGGAAGAGACUUAAAGCAGAUUGUUGUAUAUCGGGAGGGUAUUUCCGAAAAUAUGAUGAAGUAUAUAAGGAAGUACGAAGUUGAGGAAUUGGUGAAAGUUGCUAAAAGAGCGUGUGGAGACGAUGUUAAAAUAUGUUAUAUGUCCACUGAUAACAUUAGUUCUGCGUUGGCUGUGUACAACAAUGGAGAACUUGUUGAGGCGAAGGAAGGGGCUUAUGUUGUCAACACACUUGUCAAUGAAAACGUGAAAGGGUUUAUUCUAAACACUCACCCAGGUCUUUGCAAGACAAUGAAGUGCACAGUGUUGUUCGACGAAAUCAACUGGAAGCUUGAGAAGCUCAUUCAGUUCACAUUUAACAUUUGCCACUUAUGCCAAUUUAAAAACAAAACAAUGAAGCUGCCGUCGUGCUUGAUGGAAGCAAGAAAGCAACGUCGAAACAUCUUUGUGAACAAGUACAUCGAAGAGUUGUUGCUGAAUUGA